ACCGGUUGGGGCAAGACUGGACAAACUUCAUCCCCUCGUUACCUCCAGCAGACUGCUCUGCCUCUGAUGAGCCCUGAUCAGUGCAAAUCUUACUGGGGUUACAACAGAAUCACUGAUGCUAUGAUCUGCGCUGGAGCCUCUGGAGUCUCCUCUUGUCAGGGUGACUCUGGUGGACCUCUGGUCUGUGAGGCUUCUGGGGGUGUGUGGACCCAGGUGGGUAUUGUAUCAUGGGGAACCUCUAACUGCAACGUGUACGCCCCCGCCGUCUACGCCCGUGUGUCCUACCUCCGCAACUGGAUCGACCAGACUGUUGCUUACAACUAAAGGGGUUGCCCAAAACAACACUGUCAUUUUAUGCUGAAUAAAACUGAAUAAACCACAUGUAUUGAGUCAGUGCAACUGACCUCACUCUA